UGAUAUUGAAGGUGGAGGGAACUUUGUGGCAUUUAGAUAGUUUUUGUAUAUACUUAAGUUGCACAAUGUUUGAUACAUGAGGGAAAAAGAAAGAAAAAAAAAUGGAUGUAGAGGAAAUGGAUUCCCCACUAAAAAAAGAAAAAGAAAAAAAAUAUUGACAAAAUUGAAAAUUCACAUAAAGAAAAGAGUGAAAAAAGAAUGAAAAAAGGGGGAAUACCAAAAAAAAGGAAAAACAUUUUAUAUUUCCUUUUGAGGGAGAAAGAACCAUUGAGGAAAAAGCGUUGAGGGGGUGUUAAAAUAACUGCAAGGCGACUUCCUUCAGAAUGUCAAGUCGAAAGAAGACAAGUACCUAUAUUGAAGAGCCAAGAAAAGCCUGUUUGAAGGACCAUAGUUGCUGUGGGAAGAUGUCUUUUCACACCUCUGAUGAUGUUCAUAGUGGUGCAAGGCUGGUUGAUUAUGCAUGCACCCCUGAAGAAGUCCAACAGCAUUUCCAGUCAUGUGGUACUGUGAACAGAAUCACUAUUCUCACCGAUAAAUUUGGCCAACCAAAAGGAUUUGCAUAUGUGGAGUUCCUUGAAACUGAAGCUGUUCAAGAGGCUCUUAAUCUUAGUGAAUCUGAACUGCAUGGACGGCAAUUGAAGGUUAUGCCAAAACGAACCAAUGUUCCAGGAAUGAAGCAACAUUUAAGGCGUUUCAACCCUUACAUGGGUUACAGGCCCAGAAGGCCUGCUUUUUAUUCACCAUACGGAUAUGGGAAGGUUCCCGGUUUCAGAAGGCCAUCCCGAUACAUGCCCUACAGCUGAUCUCUGGUUUUGAAAAGGGAUCUUCAGUCUUUAUAACUACAGUGUCUUAUUUGGUCACAGAAUUUCUAUAUCUCUUUCAAACUUUGUUGUUGUUCAUUAACAUUGCAGUUGAAAGGCAUUUUCUAUGUAUUAUCAUUUGAAAUAGAAUUAAAAAUAUUUGCCUAAUAGGUUUAUCAUUGAUAAUUAGCCUUAAGCCAGAUAUAAAUUGUCUGUUAUUGUACUGGAUGCUAUUACAUAUAUGUUAUGCAUUUUAUUUUUUUC